AUGGCACCAGCACCACAAUUUUCAAGUUCUAGUGGAAGUAUAGAUGUAGAAAAAUUUGACAAUAUGUUACCUUCUGAAUUAUUAAAAUAUUUCGAUAUUCCUGAAGGUACUGUUGAAUAUGCUCCUAUUAAAGGUACCGGACAUUCUGGAAUUAGUACAAAUAUUGUAACUAAUGCUUUUGAAAUAUCUGGAAAUAAUGUUAAAACAUGGGUUUAUCAAUUUGAUGUUGGAAUUAUAAUUUCAAUUAAAAGAAAAAAUGAUCAAGUAAUAAGAUAUGAACUUAAUAAAACACAAUUUGAUGGUUUUAAAAUGAAAGAUUAUUAUUUUCAAAAAUUAAAAAUAGUAAUGGUCAAACUUUUUCCAAUGAUUCAAUACAUCUUGCAAGAUCAACUUCAAAUUUCAGAAUAUUCUAUAAUAUCUGACUUUCAUCGCAUAUUUUUUACAACUGAUGAUAGUCUUAAAAGAAUGGUUGAAUCAAAAAAAGGAUUAUGGAAUGUUGUUGUUCCUUAUGAAUACAUUCCUUUUGUUAAAAGUCUUUCACCUAAAUCACUUGAAAAUCUUCAAAAAGUUGAGUUAGAAUUUAAGCUUACCAGUGAAUUUGAUUUUUCUGAUUGUUUAUUUAAAGACUCUGUUAAUGAUAAACAAGGAAUGCAAUUUUUAAAUUUAUUAGUUGAUAUCAAAAAAAAUUUAAAUUAUGAGGAAUGGGCUAAUUAUAACAAUGGUAAAAGUUAUCUUAUUAAUCCAGAAAAAUAUGAAUUUAAAGAAUGUGAUAUGCCACCACUUCCUGAUGCAAAAUAUCUUGGAAUGGGAAGUUUUAGUAGUGUUAGGCAAGCUGCUAGCAUAGAAGAAAAUAAUAGUUAUUUCAUUUAUGUUGUUGAUUCUAUAAGAACUGCAUUUCAUGCACCACAAUUAUUGAUUAAAAAAUUUGAUGAAAUGAUAACAAGACCAGGAACAGGUGCAAGAAUUGAAAAAAUGAAAUUUUGUGGAACUGUUUAUGAAAAAAUUUUAAAUAAUUUUAAAGGAUUAGUUUGUCACUGUACUCAUCUAGAUGGAAAAGAAAUAACUAUUCAUGAUAUUGAUGAUUAUGGAGCUGAUACUAGACAAAUUAUUAUUAAUAAUGAAAAAAUGACAGUUCAAGAAUAUUAUUUAAAAAAAUAUAAUAUUAAUCUAAAGUUUCCAUCACAUCCUCUUAUAAUACAAAAAAUUAAACAAAAUGAAAAUGGUAAAAAGACAAAAAGUUUAAAUUAUUAUCCAAUGGAACUUUUAGAAGUUGCAGAUUAUCAAAGAGUUAAACAAAAAUCUCAAACACCAGAUCAAAUAAGAUGUUUAAUAAAAGCAUGUGUUACAAAUCCUUCUACUAGACGUUUUGACAUACAACGUUUAUUUAAAGCUCUCCAAGUAACAAAUAAUGAAUUUCUUCAUUAUCAUAAUUUAAAAAUACAAAAUAAUCCAAUAAAAGUUUCUGGACGUAUAUUGGAAUCACCAAAAAUUGUUUAUGCAAAUAAUCGUCUUGUUAAUACCAAAGUCGAUAAUAAAUCAUGGGAUAUUGGUUCUCAAGAUAAAUAUAUUAUACCCUCAAAAAUUACUAAUUGGGGAUGUUAUUAUUUUGAACCAGUUGGUAUUGGAAAACUUACAAUAUCUGAUAUUAGACAAUUUGUUGAUAUUUAUACACGUCAAGCAAGACAAAAAGGUAUUUAUAUUGAGGAUUGUUAUGAAAUAAAACAAGUUGCUUCAAAUGAGAAACAUCUUGAAGAUUUAUUUAUUUAUCUUAAUAAAGAAAAAGCAGAUUUUGCUUUAUUUUUAUCACCUGAUAAAUUAACAGAAAUGCAUCAAUUUAUUAAAUUAUAUGAAAGAAAAUACAAUGUAACAACUCAAGAUUUAAGACAAAAUACCGUUAAGAAUGUAAUAUUUAAAAAACAAUAUAAAACAUUAGAUAAUAUUCUUAUGAAAACUAAUGUUAAAGUUGGUGGAUUAAAUUAUAAUUUAAUAAAUUCAGAAAUGGAAUUAAUUGUUAAUAAAAAUAAACUUAUUAUUGGAAUUGGUUUUAAUCAUACAAGAAGUGGUACUUAUGAUGGAUUAUCAACUGUAGGAUUUGCUGCUAACACAACCAAAAAUCCUAUUGAAUUUGUGGGAGAUGUUUGUUUUACAAAAUAUCAAGAUAAUAAAAAUAUCUAUUUUUAUGCUCGAAUUUUAGAAACAGUUUUUGAAAAUUAUUUAAAAUUUAAUGGUCAACCAAAAGAAGUUAUCAUAUAUAGAACAUCAGGUUCAGAAGGCAAAUAUGAUGAAUAUAUGCGUUGGGAUAUUUCUUAUGUUAAAUAUCUUUUACAAACUUAUGCUCCAAAUGCCAAGUUAACUUUUAUUAUUAUUGAGAAGAAUCAUAAUUUACGUUUUUUUAAAGAAGAAAUUAAUUCUAAUGAUAGACCACCAAAUCAAAAUGUUGUUCCAGGAACAGUUGUUGAUAAUGAUGUUGUAAGAACAAAAGUUUGUGAAUUUUUCCUUACUUCACAUUCUGGUCUUCUAAAUACUUCUAAAACACCUAGAUAUUGUGUUCUUUAUGAUGAUAAUAAUUAUUCAAUUGAUGAAAUUGAAAAUUUAACAAAUGCUUUGUCAUAUGAUUAUCAAAUUGUAAAUUUACCAAUAAGUUUACCAGCUCCUAUCUACAUUGCUAAUCAAUAUGCCGAUCGUGGUCGAAUGACUAUGAAAGCUCAAAAUAAAGAUUAUUCUUAUGAUAAUGAUCUUUUAGAAGUAUAUGAUGAAUUAGGUUAUAGAAAAUCAAUUUUUAACAACAGAAGAGUUAAUGCAUAA